GGCUCUGUUGAAACGUCAUCAACCGCAGACAUACAAUAUGGCUGCGCCCAUGGACACAGCACAUUAGUUGUGUGCACUGACCUACAAUUGCUUUUUUAAUUGUUAGAAUUGAGGUAAAAACCCGACGGCUAUAAAGAUGGCCACUCCAGGCAAAGUGUCAAAAAAGGAGCGGAAGAAGCAGAUCCCAGCUAAGACGUCCCUGAACUCCCCCUACAGACUGCAAUGGAGCCCGCUGCAGAGUGAUGAUGUACACUUCAUCCUGGACACUCUGAAGAGCAAACUGUCAGCAACUGGCCUGGAAAAGAAAGAGGUGAAAGGGUUUCGACAGUGGGGGAAAAAGAGAAAUAAGAACCCACCUACAGGACAUGACUCGGUAGCUGAGCCCCCACAGAUAACCCUCGACACUGUAACACCGGAAUGUCCUGUUAAACCCAGAGAGCAAGGCUGGACUGACGUAGCCGCUAGGAGGCAGCUGGCCAUCGGCAUCAAUGAGGUCACCAAGGCUCUGGAGAGGAACCAGCUCCGGCUGGUGCUCGUGUGCAAGUCGGUCAAACCGCCGCACAUGACGAGCCACCUGAUAGCGCUGUGCCGGACGCGGGGCGUGGCGGCAUGCCAGCUGCCGCGUCUCAGUGAGAGUGUGGCGGGACUGCUGGGGCUGAAGUGCGUCCUGGCACUGGGAUUCAGACAAGGGGACAGGAACGAGGAUGGGACGUUCUCCGACACUGUGGAAGCCAUUGUACCUAGAGUGCCUGCUCUGCAGGUUGCCUGGAUACCAAGCCCUCCCAGUGAAACAGGUGCAACAGUUGAGGGGCAGGUAGGAGAGGAAGAGGGAACAGCUGCAGGGCAAAUGGAGGUGGAAAAGGGAGAGGAGACAAGAGGCCAAAAACGGAAAAUUGAAGACAUUUCUCCAGACAUUACAGAAUGUCCAUCCUGCGUACUUCAGCCUCUUAAAGUGAAAAAGAUUAUCCCGAACCCCUAUAAAAUACGGAAACCAAAGACUAAGAAAAAGUAGAAGCAAUUUAUGUACAAAAGAUGACAUGAAACGGUAGUGUAGGCGGCCCUGGAUGCUGAUUGGAGGUGAUCUCUACUACCAAUCUGGAGGAAACACUCCCAAAAUCCCAUGGAGGACUUAAAUAAAAUAAAUUAGACAGCACACUCAGAUGUAUCUUUUAAAGUCUAGAUGAGUUUAUUCCAUCAUGCUGGUAUAGCUUGAGUGAGUAUUUGAAUGAGGUCCUGUUUAAACACUGCUGGUUCUAAUUCCUCAUUUCUUUUACAGCCUGCCAAGGAGUUCAAUAAAGUACUGUUUUUCA